GGCGCCGCACCUCCGCCCCGGCACCGCCGCCGCUCCUCGACCGCUCCGCUCCGCGCCGCUCCGGCGAAACUUUGCACCCCGACCGGCGGUGGGGACGCGGGGUAAGUGACGGCGGCCGGGCGGCUCGCGUGGGGCGGGCGAGGCUUCGCGGGGCGCCGGGGCGACGCGCGUUCCCCGUCCCCGCGCCGGGGUGCCGGUGCUCCCCGCGGGACGCUCGCGGCUGUUCCUCCCCGGCGAGCGCCGUGCGGCCGCGCACCUCCCACGCCGACGCCCCGGGAGGUGCCCGCUGCUCGCGGCCCCGCGGCGGGGAUGCCCCGGGCGCCGCCUCGGCGUCCCGGACGCUGAAACUCGGGGUCCGUCCCGGCUCCUUCGUUCCUUGAGCCGGUGCCUCGAGAGCGGCUCGGGGGAGGGCGAGAGAAGGAAAGUUUCCCGGAGCCGCCCCGAGCCCCGGCUCGCUCACCUGGCGCGGAGCGUCCCCUGAAAAUGCGUCGUUUCGGCGGCGUACGGAUGAAGAGCUAAAGGUUCUCUCGGUGUUUCGCUUUGACGUACGAAAGCGGUGUGGGAAGGGUGAAGCGUGUGUUCGGUCUGCGGGGCUUUUCGUGACUUUGCGAUAGUUUGUUCGCAUCAAAACAAUGAUUCCUCCGGGGGAAUGCCUGUAUGCUGGGAGGAAAAGGAGGAAACCCAUUCAGAAACAAAGGCCUGCAGCUGGAAAUGAAAAAUCAAACCCUUCAAAGAGGCACAGGGACCGCCUAAAUGCAGAACUAGACCAUCUGGCCAGCCUCCUGCCUUUCCCACCCGACAUAAUAUCCAAGCUGGACAAGCUGUCUGUGCUGCGCCUUAGUGUCAGCUACCUGCGAGUCAAAAGUUUCUUUCAAGCCAUUCAAGAAAAGCACUUUAAGAAGCAAGUUGGUCAGACAAUAAAAGAAGACAAUGUAUCUAACAAGACUGCUGUCCAAGAAGGUGGACUUCUACUAGAGUCACUGAAUGGUUUUGCAUUGGUGGUGAGUGCAGAUGGAAUGAUAUUUUAUGCAUCAUCAACGAUUGUGGACUACCUAGGGUUUCAUCAGACUGAUGUAAUGCACCAAAACAUAUACGAUUACAUUCAUGUUGAUGAUCGCCAGGAUUUCUGUAGACAACUGCACUGGGCCAUGAAUCCACCUCAGAUGUCUGGACAGCAACUACAGACAGAAACAGGAGAAGAAUAUAUUCUCAGUAAAUUGUUUAAAGCACAAGAGAAUGACAGCACAACAACAGAUUAUUCUUCCUUCUUAACUCGUUGUUUCAUCUGUCGAGUUCGCUGCUUAUUGGACAGUACUUCUGGCUUCCUUACAAUGCAGUUUCAAGGCAAACUAAAGUUUCUUUUUGGACAAAGGAAGAAGUCCUCAUCAGGAGCAGUAUUACCACCUCAACUGUCCUUAUUCUGCAUAGUGGUACCACUUCUACUCCCUUCUGUGACGGAGAUGAAGAUGAAAAGCCUGCUUGUGAAAGCAAAACACAAAGCUGAUGAUGCAGCAGUGAAUACAAACUCCAGUACCAAAAGUAAUUCAGGUCUGUGUGAAGCAGCAGAAUUAUAUGGAAGAAACUGUCAUCACGAAGGUGCAGCUUUCGCUAAUGUAUUACAGAUUACUGAGAACCAAUUCAAAGCAAAGAAUAAUGGAGAAAAUGGCAUUUCUCUAGUCAAAGUACAAACAAAUGAAGAUCACUGGGUCUGGGUUCAAGCUAACACUCAACUUCUGUAUCGAAGUGGUUGUUCAGAAUAUGUUGUUGCCCAACAGCAAAUGCUGAAGGAAGAAGAUGAACAACUGAAGAUACCGAACAGUUUUGCCAGUUUGAAAGGAAACCUGGAGGGACUUUCCUACAACGGUGCCAUUGAAACCCUGGGCCAAUUGAAGCAUCUCAACUGGACAGCUGUUAAAAAUGAGCAAGAUAACGUAAAAGUGAAGUUUGAGCCUCAUACAAAUGGUGAGUGUUUCGUGCAGGAGGAAUCGCUCACUUCUAAUACACCAGUUUUAGGCAUUCAAAACAACUGCACCACAAACAAUAGCUGGACUUUCAGAAACUCAAGCUCUUGUUCUAUAAAUCAGCGAAUGAAUGCGUGUUCAAACAGAAGAGCUGGAUCGUUCUACAACAGAGACCAAAGUUUCUUAAAUUUAGCAUCAACUUGUCCUUCCCACUGGGGUAGUGCAGAAAAUUGUCAGUCUUACUCAGGCUUACAACAACGUGCUGUGGAGAACUAUACUGCAGACCACCUGAAACUGCAGAGAUCAUUAAUAUCCUCAGAGUCUCUCUAUGAUGCAGCGUUUCCCUUGGAUAUGCCUAUCAAAACAGAAUACGAUUCUGAUUCUGAAAACAUUGCUGAUAACUACCCGAUGCCACAAAACCGUGCCUGGCUGGAUGAGAACGGCACCAUGAGGAAGCAGUUGUUCAGCUAUCCCAAUAGGGUGCACCUUAAAGCAGAACCGGACCUCUGUCAGCAAGCUUCACCUUGCCAGAAGCCAAGGCACUGCCUUUACACGCCACAUAACUGGCAGUGCAUUGUAGCAAAUCAUCCCAGCAAUCUCAAUCUGAACAGAUCUUGCAAGGGUUUGCGUAACAGAGAGGUGGCCCCGUUUUGCCCCCAGAACUCCUCUGCCUGCUUGGAAAGCCUGCCUGACCAGCCGCACACCGAGGGCUACGGCCAGUUCUACAGCCUUGCUCCAGGGGAGAAGGAGCAGAGUAACGAGGUGUUUAAAAUGCCGUGUGAAUUUAAAAACCCUUGCUUGGUUCAGGCAAUCAAGCGUGAGCCCCUGGAUUCCCCACCGUUGUCCAACAGUGGACAGAACAGAGCACACAUGAGCUUCCCUGAAAAUACAAUAGCAGGUCCUGUGCCUCAUAAAGCCACUGAAUGUACAUUCUUACAAUAGAUUCUAUAGCAUUGGGAAUAUUUAUAAUGUUGAAAGCAAAAAGAAAUCAUAGCUUCACUUCCAGUUGGGUUAAAUGAGUUACUAAAAUUAAAAAACAGUGGAAAGAUACUAAGUGUGUGUGUGCGUGUACUUCUGUGUGUGGAACAAAACAGACACAGAUGCACACUCACUCCCACACGUGCCUUUAAACACAGCCAUUCUCUUAGUGAUCUUUGGAAGGAAAGAAAGACCAAACCUCAGAUACAGAAAAAUAAUCAGUAAUUAUUGCACAGGUGUACCUGCUAAUGUGUCUUCAGUUUUCCUCUCAUGUCUGCAGUUCUGUAACAAGGUGUAGCUAUUUCAGGUUUUUGCCUUUGCUCUUUUCUUCUCAAGCUGAUGUGAUGCCUCUGUGAAAAGACAAAAUGUUUAUGGUGUUCAGUGUGGCCAGGAGUUUACCUUUGGAGUUAUUCAUUUUUAUUUUUAGCCAUUCUAAUUUAAAGUAUCAUCUAUUCCUUUAUCUCAAUAUCAAGUUGAUGACAACAGGCAAGGGCUUCCCAAACACACGGAGUAUUCUUAAUUUAAAAGGACAGCAUUAAUUUAAAACAAAUAACAUUCACAAAACGCAUUACAAGUUAUUGCACUUCAAACUAAGCUUUUCCCCAUGUUUUCUAGACAAUAAUAAUGCUUUAGUACAUAUUUUCCAUUUUAAAGCCAUUCGCCUUUCAUGUCGCUGUUUGAAAGACUGAACAAUAGGAUGUUAUCCACUUCUUUAAAUGAGUUACAAAAGGCUUUUAAAUGUACACUAGAAGAAAAUAUUUCACCAGUUAUCUUCCUUGCUCUUACUUGUAACAUUAACAAAAGAAAUGCACUUUUAAAUGUGAUGGUAUCUCUUUGACUGAUAGCAGCCUGUUAGUCACUGUCAUCUGACAGCAAAACUCAGAUCCCACACUAAGAUUAGAACCAUCUUUUUUAAAAAGCAUCUUCAUUUCAUCUCCUAAAGAAAAUCUUAACCUCACCGAGAGACGACUGGAUUUAUGACUUUGAAAAGCACUCUGGUGCACUUCUGUGCUUUUGAAAACAGAUCCAUAUGCUUUCUUUUGAAGCCAGAUAGUCACGUAUUUCCACUUUAAAAAACAAUCUACAACUUCAGUUUUGGUUGUUGUAGUUUGACUCCUGCACUAAUUUUGUUUUACAAUUGCACUAUUUCAACUUUAUAUCACCUUCAACUAUAGAAAACCCAUAUCAUUAAAAAAAAAACAACUAGAUGUAUAUGUGCUUUUUUUAAAGAAGCCCUAUAGUGAAUGUUUGCUUUUUCAAAAUGUUAUAAAUAAUUCUGAUGUCUUCAUUCCUUCUAGGCACUGUGGGCAUGGCUGUACACAUGCCAGCGAAGUGGCAUAGAUUUCUCCCAAAUUCUGUAAAUGGUGUAAGUGCAGUUUUGAGGUAGGGGAAUAGUUUUGCACAGGGAGUGGCAGUUGGGAGGCCACUCUUUUCCAAGUCUGGUAGAAGUUACUGCCUGCACAUUGGAGUUGGCAGAAGUAAGUACAUGCAUUCUCUGCAUGUCAGUUCAGCUUAUGAACAACGGUUUGAUCUGAAAUGCUGCACUUUACACAGAAAUGAAACUUUUGAUGAUUGUCCUGCAUAAGGACGCGUUCCCCGCAGAAAGGCAGGAGUGGAUAAGAAGGGCAAUAAUGUCUUUCUGCAGCUCAAGUUAAUUCUGUCAUAGUCCAGCUGACCUAACUCAAGCCAAGAGAACAUCUCAUUUUUUAUUUUUAUUUUUGUAUCUGAGAUGUAUCCGUUCCCUGCUGACUACAUACUGUCUCUUAAUUGAGACAGUCUUGAUAUCCUUGCCUUAACACUUUCACCGUGGGUACAAUGCAACAUCAGACCCCAUUCCGAGAUGAAACUGUAAUUACUCCACAAUCUAGUACAUCACUGUUCAUCUCACAUAAAGCUAAGCCCAAUCAGGCAAACCGAUGGUGGUAUUCGAGUGAGACUGAGAAAUCAGCAGAGCUGCACAAAGUCUGCCCCACUGAUUCACUAUCUACAAAAACAAGACCAGAAAUGGGGUAUUGUAGAGAUAGGGCAAUGUGGAGCAAAUGGAGGACAUGUUGGCAAGACUGCCAGAAAGCUGUUUGUUUAACUCCACUCUUGGACUCACCAUGAUACUCCUCCAAAUGAGACUACCCAGGCCUGCCUGGUUUAGCACUACCUUACACUUUCUCUUAUCGUUUGGAUUAGUGCAAUGUGACCAUAAAACACUACUAUCCACAUCUGCAAACGCUGAUGUCAUUUUUGCACAGAUGUAAAUGGUCACAGCAGGUGCAAUGUUGUAGAGCACUGUGCCUCCGAGUGCCUUGUCUGUGCUUAUAAAUAUUUCAUGGCAUAACUACAGAGGCAGAAUUAUAUCAUCCCAACAGAAGUUCUCUAAAGUUCUUCCAAUACAGAAUAAAGUCUGUUUUGUUGACUUACCUUAGUCUAAGGCUCUUCUGGUCUAUUUCAGCAGAGAUGACUUUUCUCAGGCUCCCAACAAAUCCAGCUAUAUUUUACUCAUCUUAAUAGAUAUUGUAACAGUUGGUUAAACUUCUGCAUGUAGGAAAAUCUAAUCUGAUACAAGAAUGGCCUUCUUCCAAGAGGACGAAUUAAGGUGUCACUUCAAAUGAGAUAUCACCUCCUAACUCCUCCCUGUGCAAAUGUGAUCAGAUUUCCUUCCUUAUUGUUCCAUGAAGUCUAAAUCCAUUAAAAUACAGGGUAAUUUACACUUAGGCCAUGUAUCAUAUUUUCUUCGUUUAAGAACUUUGCAUAUUGCACUAUUUGGGAAAAUAAAUGCUGAAAACCAGUCUCCUCAUAUCUGUUUUUAAAGAGCAGGUAUCUGUCCUUCAUCCCCUCUGGACCAAAAUCUGACAUUGCAUUGUACCCCGUUAAAUUAACAGUGAUUUAAUGUUAAAAAACCUUUUUGUAUCCAGGCAUUAAUGAUCCCUUGGCAGAGGAAAAAGACAGGGCAGUUGCUUUAAAUUGUUACUUUCUCUUUGUAGUGGUCGCUGUUCUGGUAUUAUUGGUACUAUUUUAAAAACUACCGCUUAGAAAAGAAGAGUUUAAGAUGCUUCCAAUCAGUGAUGUUUGGCUUUUAUCCUUAGUAAGUUGGUAUUUCUAUCCUCCAAGCACACCCCUAAGAUCUGUUUUAGGAGCCUCCCAGUGUAUUUAUUGUAACAAGGAAAAAAUUCCUCUUGUAGAAGAAAUGCCCAGUGAAAUGCUUGCCUGCUACAAACAUGGAGUAUUCAGGCUGAAAGAAAUGCAUUUCUUUUCCCAGUGUCGACGCGGUGCUUUCUAAGACCUGACUGACAAUAGCAUUCAGACUUCUUCAGCUGUCAAUUCUUCAGAGUCAGAGUCAGAACAAACUACUUAAUUCUGGUAUUCAGAGGUUUGGUGGUUUGGUGGUUUGUUUUCUUGGAUUUGUGUGUGUGUAUGUGUGUGUGUGAUUUUUUUGUGUGUGUUUUUUGCAGUUGUCUGAGAGUGUAUCUGCCUCUGAGAUGUUACUGAGCCCACAGACACCAGAGAUUAUUAUCAGUGAUAAAGCUGUUGCCUUCGCUGUGAAUUUGGCCUCAUUUAGCUGUUAGUGGACAGCUGCACAGAACCUUACAGAUGCUGGUCCUAUUAAAGCAUGCCACUUAAACCCCCUGUUUUUACCUAAAAACCAUCCUGAUUUGAGCUAAGGGUACAUGUGUACAGUAAAUAGAGUGCAUUUUUUUGGCUAUUCUAAGGUUUGACAGGAUGCAGUUAACACCAGUGGCUGAAACUGGGGCAGACCUUCACUGUAGGUAACACUAUCGAUAAUUCAUAUUUAAUCCAGACUCUUGGGAUACCAAAAUAGAACACUGUUUUGAGAAUCUGAAAAGAGAGCAUUGUGUGCAAGGGAUGACCUGGUUUCCGUUGGUCCACAGUCUGGAGAUUUAACUAGUGAAACAGAAGAGCAAACAGCUAUACCUAAACUCUUUGUAGGAUGGACUGACUUCCUAGUACUUGGUUAUAAUGUGUUAAUGUUUUCAUUGCCCUUGAUUAGAAGACACUGAUACAUUCCUGAAAUCCUUAGAACUGAGUCUCAGUCUCAUCCGGAUGGCUUAGAGAGGUCUGACAUUUGUAUGUCAGCCGGUUCAGAAAGACUAAUCGUUAUGAUCCUUGAUAUAGUAUUAACAUUGACAGGACAUGUGCAAUUCUCCUGGAAAUGCCCAGUGCUUAAAAUACUUAAGUGGAAAGCAUCCAGCCUGAGGCAAGGAAUAGUCUGUGGGACAGAAUCAGCUUCUGCUUCCUGGAAGCCCUGCUUAAUUCUUUCUGUUGAAGCCAUAUUGGAACUUAAGUAGGACAACCUCACCCAGGGUAGUUAUUUCAUAAAAGCCAUUGAUUUGUCUCAAAAAAAUAAAAAUAGGAUAUUUUAAUUGAAAUAAUAAAAAGAUAUAAUUUCUUCUAUCUCUAUAUUGCCUCAGGAAGUCACAAAAUAAACCCUUACUCAUUUUCUUUUAUUGGAGUGUCAUGUAACUAAGACCCGAGCUCAGUGAUAGAUAUGUAGAGCUUUUGUACUUUAUUUCUUGUCUUUUCCUUUUGUUCACUCACUAGAAAACAAGUUUCUUCCCCUGGAUUUUCUUCCUCUCUUACGUCUUGUAAAAUCCUCUAUGAAAUCUCGUGUCAUAACUGAAGCAGACUUCUGUAACGCGUGCAGCAAGAUUAGAGGUUCUGCAGGUGGCCAUGCUCAGGGUUUAGCCACAAGGCUCUCAUUUAGACGAACAAGACUCAUAGACGAAGGCUACCAGUAGCUUAUCUUCAUAGAUGCCACCAUCCUGACAAGUACACCUUUGAAUGCAAGUGGCACAUAUUCACACAUUUCUCCAUAAUACUACCAUAACUACUUCCCUCCCCCUGCAAACUUACCACGUCCUUUUCUUCCCCUUCUUUUCUCACUUAUCACAUUGCUUUUUUACCUGUAGAGAGCUGCGUUCUAUACACUGGCCUGAGUGACAUUUUCUCAAAAUUGAUAUUCGUAGUUUUUAGAUUUGUCUUUGCUUGUAACAAACUGUUCUCAGAUGCUCUGGAAACUGAAGCAAGUCAAAUAUGACCAACAGUGUUCCUGGUUUUGUGGAGCCCGCACUGAUAAAAUUUAACUGAAUUACAGGUUUUCUCACAUUGCAAGUUGUGUUGGGAUGUAAAUUGAGAUAGAUUCCAAUUUCUUUAAAUCUAGUUUGAAUUUAGAUAGAAAUUCAAAUGUAGUUUGAAGUGCAUAUUUCAGUUAACAGCACUGAACAAGAUCAUUGAUGAUCUUGAAGAAUCAUCAAGGUGAAGAAUUAUCACCUUGAGUGACACACUGCUGUCAAGGUGUUUUGUGACUACAGCAUUAAUUCUCUACACAUGGCCAGCAAUUCUGUGCUCCCUGAAAACAAGGGUUAGGGUCAUUCAGUGCUAGGCUGUGUUUCUCCAUCGAACUGAAAGCAUCAUUCUAGGAGGCAUGCAGUGCUCCUCUUCCAUGCAUGGAGUUACUCUUUGAAACUGUGACAAAUUCAGUGUCUGCAUUAACACCCUUGCAGCUGGUCACUGACAGUGAACUGUAACCCAGUGCUCUGGUUGUGCAGCUUGAAUUGGAAUCCCAGUAUUUCCUGUUGCAAUGGUGUUGCAGUGACAGCUGUACAACAUUCAAAACUUCCUUUUCACACUUGUAUUGGUAGAAUUACGGUUUUCCAGUGCCUAAGUAUGAGGAAAAUACAAACAAUGUGGCAGAAGGCAAUGUAAAGAGCAUCAGCUGCAUAGCUAAUCUCAGUAAUUUCAGUCAAUUAACUAAGACUGUAUUAAAAAAAUCAGAUGAGGUUCUGGUCUAGAACUCUCCAUUUUGCACAGGAGAGUGUCACAGGUGUGUCACCACUGUUCUGCCUCUUUUUGGUCACACCUUGGUCUCUCCCUUCCUUAUCCCAUUACUGUCACUUCUGAACCUCUUUUCUUUCUUCUUCUUCUUCUUCUUUUUUUUUUUUUUUUUUUUUUACUUUUGCAUCAUGUUCUCCCUGUGUUUACUUAAAAUCUGAGGCAGUGAGAGGCAAGCAGCAACACUGUGUACAUUUCUUUGCUCUACUCUCAUGAUAGUCAUAGAAUCAUAGAAAGGCUUGGGUUGGAAGGACCCAAUGAUUAUCUAGUUCCAACCUCCCUGAUGCAGGCAGGUUUGGAUACUCUGGAGGAUUCUUCCUCUACAUUACUAGCAGCGUUUCCUCUUCUGAGAGGGCUCUUGUUCACACUCCUUCACCUCUUCACAGGUUCCUAAAAAAACCAAACAACACUUUCUUCCUUAAAGGUAUCUAUAUCUAUUGAAAAACUUCUCCUUUUUCUCCCUCCACCUUUUCUACCUUUGUGAUUUUAUAGGAUGGUACUUUGCAGCCUCCACCCUUUCUGUUUUAUGCCUCCGUAACUUUUAUUAUCUACUUCAGGCACACUUUAAAAGCUUUGCCAAAAGAACAACGUUAUGCAGACGUGCAAUGCCCUGUUUCCCUUCCCUGUCCCCUUUGAACAUGACAGAGGUACUGACAGAAGUCUUGGAGUAAUUACAGCUCAUAAAACAGAAAAGAGUCCCUUUGCUGGGGAAGUGUACCCUAUUCAGGCAGCUGUAUUGCCAAGAAACACUUGAGCUGCCACCAGGAGUUUAAUUCUACAAGUCUAUACUGCCAAACCCUUUUGUGUUCAGACCUGUCCUCUCUUUACAGAAAUGAAGGAACCCACUUUCUCCUUUUGGGAUCCUUCAUUUUUUUCCUACACGCAUUCAUCCUUUCACUGUGCAGUUGCACUUUCAGUAUGUAACUUUCUAAAAGAUGAGUAUGGAAGUAUUGUUUAGAGUGUACAGAGCAGUGUUUCCUAUUAGUCCGUUUUAGGUUUUGGGAUCAGAACUGCAAAGAAUUAUUGAGGGCUUUAACGUGACCCCAUCUUAAGGCCUGUAACUGUUACAGAAACGUAGAAAUAAUACAAUAUGGUAUCAAAAUCUGCCGUUAACCAUAAAAAAUAAUUAAAAGUGCCAUUCUUGUUCCUCCUAAGGCCAAACGGUAGAGGACAAGACUAAAUAAAAAGAGCACAGAGACCGAGCAACGCUUGGCCUGACUGCUUCUCCCCGUCAGAUGGGUAUUACUUGAGCCCAGUGCUACGGGCGCAGCUCUGGAAGGACCAACCCCAACUCUGAGCACCGUGUGAGCACACACCAGUGGGUGCAUGGAGCAGGCGUAAGGCUGACGCACUCAUGGAAUGGCGGGGACACGCAUCAGCAAAGCUGGGCGCCAGGAUCCUCUGCUAACGUGUAAUCCAACCAGUAUCCACUAUGCUGCUUCCUAUACAGUUGUCAUAGAUCCCCGGGUGUAUCGGUAGCAGGCUAAUUAACGCAGGCGGUAACGUGUGGAUUUUGUAUUUGGAAUUUUGUUAUAACAGGUGCACUUUUCUGUUUUGUGGGUUUGUUUUUUGUUUUGUUUUGUUCUGUUUUUUUUUUUUUUUUUUUUUUUUUUGUACUGUUUUCUCAGUCUGCUUUUAGAGGGAACUUUCAAGUGUAUUUCUUAAAUUAUAUUUUACAUUUAUUACCAGUCCGAAAUGUAAAGUUAAGACAUUUUAAAAGAAAUAAUAAAUAUUUGCAUUUAAAGCCUC